AACAGAUCCAGCAUGUCAUCCUCAGUUCGGCUGGUCAUGGACUGAUCUUUCCAGAGGGAAGAAGUGGACAAAGUCACACAGUGAAGUUCUGAUGUCAUGGAGCUUCAGACCACAGCUGAGCACAAGCAGGCCAACCAAGCCUCGGGUUUCCACCGUCUUUCUUUUGCCUAUCAAGGCCUGACAGAGAUCCCAUAUGACAGCAUACUGAUGCAGACAGAUACGCUUGAGGUGCUGGACCUGAGUUACAAUAUCUUGGAUGAGAACCCGGCUCUGUUGGGGCGGCUGGAGAAGCUCAACACUCUGAUUCUCGACUCCAACAACUACACAUCUCAUGUCAAGUUCCCCUACAUGCCAAGCAUCACCGCCAUGUGCAUCAACAAGAACAAGAUCAAUAACCUACCCGUGUUUGUGGAGGAGAUUCGGCGAAAGUUCCCCAACAUCAAGGUCCUCAGCAUGAUGAACAACGAGGCUGCACCGAGCUACUUCAAUGGAGGAAGUCUGUCCCAACAUAUAGACUACCGACUUUACGUAAUCAGUCAGAUCCCAGGCCUGGAAAUUCUGGAUGAUACAGAGGUUCUGGAGAAGGAGAGAAUUCAAGCUGGGAAAACCUACAGGCUGCAGCAGAGGAGUCUCAGCAGCAGCAGGAAGAAGAAAGACGAGUCAUCCAGGAAACACACACACAUACAGAGGAAGGUCAAUCCCAUCAUCAGACAAUAACUGCAACCUUUUAACAAUGUUAUAAUUACUGUAAUUCAUUUUUGAUAGUACUGAUUCUGCCAACAUUUAUAACCAUGUCCCUGGUCCCUACACCAUCAUA